AUGUGUCUGCAGCUGGAUGAUGAUGUGUGUCUGUGUCCAGGUGAGUUCUCAGGUGAGGAGCUGCUCAAACUGUGGAAGGGUCUCUUCUACUGUCUGUGGAUGCAGGACAAGCCUCUGCUGCAGGAGGAACUCUCCAGGAAGAUCUCCACCCUGAUCCACAGCUUCACCUCCACCCAGCAGCAGCUGUCGUACCUGCGGAGCUUCCUGCAGACGAUGAAGCGGGAGUGGACCGGCAUCGACCGGCUGAGGAUGGACAAGUUCUUCCAGCUGGUGCGCUUCGUGUUCAGGCAGACCUUCGAGAUGCUGAGGAGGCGGAGCUGGGACAGCAGCGCCGUGUCUCAGUUCCUGGAGCUGCUGACGGCUCAGCUGCUGCAGAGCGACGCCGCGGCGCCGAGCGGCCUGCAGCUCCACGUCCUCGACCUUUACCUGACUGAGCUGGCGGUCAUGGGAGCGGCAGAGCUCACCGCCGAUCAGAACCUGACCUUCAUUGAGCCGUUCUGCAGAACCGCGGCGAGAACCAAAGAUCGGACUCUGCUCAGCGGGAUCUGCAGCAGCGUCUUCAGCACCAUCAUCAAUCAGGCUCCCUUCGCCAUCGAUGACCUGAUGAAGGAGGUGAGAGCGUCUGAGGACUCGGACUCGGGACAGGCGUCUGAAGGGGACGAGGAGGAGGAAGGAGAUGAAAAGACGAUGAAGAUGGAAGCAGGGAGGAAGCAGCUUAGUGGUGGUCAGCUGACCUCGGCCUUGCAGGUGCACAUGUUUCCUGCCGCUGCUUCAGCUGAGCAGGCAGGUUUCAGUCGCUUCACUUCAGGCUUCACACAAACGUCCACCGGGCUGGCUCUGGUCCCCGGACCACAUGUUGGACACCUGUGUAUGACAGGGGAGGAAGAGGCAGAGGAGGUCACUGACACCGCAGACAAAAAGAAGAAGAAGGGCGUGAAGGCCGGCACAGGAAGCUGUGAAGCAUCCAGAGAAGAACUGGCAGCGCCUCAGAGCGACACGGCAACACCUGGCAAGAAAAAGAAGAAGAAGAAGAAGAGGAAAGCUGAGGGAACCACAGAGCAGCCAGAACAGAAGCAAACGGCUCAAGAAGCGUGGACGCUGUCAGGAACCCUCCACUCUGAGGCAGCGCCGCCACCUGACCACCAGGACCAACCACAGAAGAAGAAACAGAAAAGCACAGAGACUCCUCUCACAACAGAGCCGCAGGUUUCGUCUGCAUGCGCUCCCAUAUCAGAGAAGAAGAACGGCGUAACGGCAGAUACGGGAAGCUGUGAGGCAUCAAGAGAAAACGUGAGCGCGCCGCCGCCUCAGAGCGACUUUACGACUCCUGCUAAGAAGAAGAAGAAGAAGAAGAAGAAGAUGGCUGCUGAAGCAGCGCUGCCUGUUAGUGUGAGGAGCUCAGAGUCGGAUGAGACACCUGCAGCAGGAAGUGACGCUGUAACACCAGCAAAGAAGAGCGUCCCAGCUGAUGAAGAGCAGGCAGCUGAGGCGCCACAGCUCACCAAGAAGAAGACAAAGAAAAAAGGAAAAGAGGAAAUGACCGCAGGCGUGACCGCUGCUGAAACACCACAGAAGAAGGAUCAGCAAGAAGCUCCAGAAGAGGAGGAGGUCCAAAAGGAGGCUAGGAAGACACCAGGGAAGAAGAAGAAGAAGAAGAAGAGUGUGACACAGGAGGCCGCUGAGGCGCAGGUUGGGGGUAAGGCAGGUGACACGGUGGCGUCCUUGGACAGAGAAACUCCCACAAGGAAGAAGAAGAGGAAGAUCCCCGUGGUGUUCGAGUUCGAGGCCGACGAGCUACAGACCCUGAACGGCAUCGCAGCAGAAGAAGAAGAGACCGCCACCAAGAAACCUCGACGCACCAGCGAUGACGUGGCCACGCCCCCGAGCAACAAAACACCACAGAAGAAGAAGAGGAAGAGCGCCGGAGGGUCACAGUCGGACUUCAUCACGUUUCAGAGCAACGCCAAAGCACCAACGCCGCUCUUCUGUAAGACUAAGGCAAGCCCGGGCACGCCGGCGUCCAGCAGGAAGAAGCUUCAGACGCCAAAGUCGGACUCCAAGAAGGUGACCUUUGGCCUCAAGAACAACAAAACAGCCGGCGCAUUUCGGAGCUUGUUGUCUGGUUGUUACCGGAUCGACGGGACGACGUCCUACUGA